AUGACAAAAAAAAGAAGGAACAACGGUCGUGCCAAAAAGGGCCACAGUCACGUGCAGCCCAUUCGCUACAUGAACUGCGCCCCAUGCGUGUCCAAGGAUAAGGCUAUUAAGAAGUUCAUCAUUCAAAACAUAGUGGAGGUCACAGCUGUCAAGGACAUUUCUGAAGCAAGUGUCUUUGACGCCUAUGUGCUUCCCAAGCUGUAUGUGAAACUGCAUCACUGCGUGAGUUGUGCCAUUCACAGCAAGGUAGUGAGGAAUCGGUCUUGUGAAGCCCACAAAGACCGGACCCUCCCACUCCAAUUUAGACCUGUGGGUGCCACCCCACGACCUCCAACAAAGCCCAUAUAUGAAGCUGAGUCCUUAAGGACUGAAGAACAACUAUCUGGAAAAAAAUAA